GGCAAUGUUUCCGGUUUUACUGUCACAUCACAAAACUUUUUUCUACUUGUGCUUAGGUCGGUGUCAGACUCCAGUAUUUAAGGAGAAUAAUAUUAUUUAAAACUAAUUAACUGAAAAAAAUAUCAAAUAUGGGUGGCCAAAACGACAACCAGAAUGGAAGCUCCAACGGCCAUGAUGAUGAAAUCACUGAGCCGGAGCAUAUGCGCAAAUUGUUCAUCGGCGGGCUGGAUUACCGCACCACAGACGAGAACCUGAAGGCGCAUUUUGAGAAAUGGGGCAACAUCGUGGACGUGGUGGUGAUGAAAGACCCUCGGACCAAGCGUUCACGCGGUUUCGGCUUCAUUACCUACUCGCACUCAAGCAUGAUCGACGAGGCGCAGAAGUCGCGGCCCCACAAGAUUGACGGUCGGGUGGUGGAGCCCAAGCGUGCCGUUCCCCGCCAGGACAUCGAUUCCCCCAAUGCCGGCGCCACCGUGAAGAAGCUGUUCGUUGGCGCUCUGAAGGACGACCACGAUGAACAGAGCCUCCGCGACUACUUCCAGAACUUCGGCAACAUCGUCGAUAUCAACAUCGUGAUGGACAAGGAGACUGGCAAGAAGCGAGGCUUCGCCUUCGUGGAGUUUGACGACUACGAUCCUGUCGACAAAGUUGUCUUGCAAAAGCAGCAUCAGCUCAAGGGCAAGAUGGUGGACGUGAAGAAGGCCCUGCCGAAACAGAGCGAUGUCCAGGGCGGCGGUGGAGGCGGCGGCCGUGGUCAGGGUGGCCGCGGAGGCAAUCGCGGUAGCAACAUGGGCGGCGGUGGCGGCGGAAACUACGGCAACCAAAACGGAGGUGGCAACUGGAACGGAGGUGGCAACUGGGGAAACAAUCGUGGUGGGAACGACAACUGGGGCAACAACAACUACGGCGGUGGCAGCUACGGGGGUGGCAAUAAUGGCUGGGGCAACAACGUGGGUCCCUGGGACAACGGCAACGGCGGUGGAAACUUUGGCGGCAACACCAACUGGGGCAAUGGCGGUGGUAACGAUUUCGGCGGCUACCAACAGAACUACGGCGGAGGCCCACAAAGGGGUGGCAACUUCGGCAGCAACCGCGCGCAGCCCUACCAGGGAAGUUUCAAUAAAGCAGGCGGUGGCUAUCAAGGAAGCUAUGGCGGAAACAAUCAGGGAUUCAAUAACAGUGGAAACAGCCGCAGAUAUUGAGGGGAAGAGAAGAGUCAAGGUAAUAAAGUAGAAGUCGCUCAGUAUAAGCCCAAAAGUCACAGUCAAGUAAACGAUACGCAAUUCAAUGAUCACUAUUGAGCAUGAACGAACGUUCAUAGACCUAAGAAGUUUUCCGUUCCGACCACCACAAAGCAAACCAAACAUGACAGAGAAGAUCAGGAUCAGUGCAGAGCAGAGCAGAGCAGUGCAGUGCAGUCGUACAGGAGCUUGGUUGAGACAGAAAAGAUUGAGAUAUCAGUGCAGUGCAGUGCAGAGCAGAGAAGUGUGUGAGCUAAGCAGACUAAUAAAUGUUAAUAAGAGUCGCGAGAGCACACAGCGAGCAGCAGCAGUACACGUACACAACAGCUGGCCAGGAUUCGAUUCGAUUUGUUUGCACUUGCUGACAUUGCUGACCAUUUGCAUAAGGCGCAUCUCAACUGUCCAAUAUCCCAUAGAAUUAUGUCCCAACUUCACAUUGUAGCCCCCGACUUAAGUAAUAUUGUAAUUUAGAAACAAGCCAACAACAGCUAAACUUUUGUAUCUCCAACUCCAACUGACAUACUACUAGUACCCCAGCGACAAUUGUCUAGCUACAUAUGUAUGUAAAAUCUCAAGCCGGCAGUCACAAAAGAUUGUUCAUUUGGAUUGGUAGACAGCUAUGACAGCGCGCAGUGACGACUGACUGUCGCUGGCAUCUUCUGAUAAUCAGUGCAGAACACACAACUUAAAAUCAUGUAUUACCUUUUAUGACUUUCACUAGACUAAGUUUUAAUAGAUUUAUGUAGAGCGUGCGGCGGCGAUCUUUUCAGCAGUCGCACGCUGCUUUAGUUUAGUUUAACUACUUUACUCUUCAAGUUCUUAGCGAACCUGAGAUCGUGUGGACACAGACUUCUUGGCAUAUGACGAUAAGGAAAACACUAUCUCCAAAUGUUUAGAUGUAAAUCGAUCCAAAAACAAAUUGCAAUCCGCAAACCGCAAUCUAUGUAAUCUAUACCUUCUAGAAAGCAGUUUAUACGCAGUUGUCUGAGGUCAGCGCAAUUAUACAUACAACACAUACAUUUUAAUGUAGCGAAAGAAAAUACAAGAUUAAAAAAUA